GAUGGUGAAAAAGACGAGGAACCAGCUUCUGCUAAGAAACGUAAAGUAGAGUCUGGAGAACAGGCGAAGAAGAAGAAGAAGAAGGUAUAAGCAGGGUGUUUUGGAUUUAGACAUAAUGAGAACUUCAAGGAACUUGGAUUCCUCUGCUGGAAUGGGAAACAAAUACGUGUUUACUGCAUUUGUCUCUCGGGUAGGGAAUUUUAUUUCUGUAGUGUGCUUGCCUUUUGGAAAGCACAAAAUUAAAUGGACAGUGUUGUGGUAGAACUUGUUUACUGAACAAAAUUUAAACCUGUUUAUUUGAAACAAGGAUUUAGAUGAAAGAUUCAUUGCCAUGGAUACUUGUGCUCGUGCAGGUUACAGGGCUUCACAUUUUUGUUUAUCAAGAAACCUGGUAACGUGCAUUCUUCUGGACUGACUUUUCCAUUGUGUCAAAACCUUUUAUAAAGGAGUAUAUACUAAAGAUUUUUUAGGUACUGGUCUGUGAUAUGUUCACAUAAUGUUGUUUUUAAAUAUAUGUAUAGACUGCAAAUAGUCACUGGAAUAAAACUACAUUUGAAAACAUCUGUGGUAUAAAUAUUGCAUUGCAUGCUUGGUGAAUAGGAGCAAUGAAUUGUGUAUUAUAUGCCAUUCACUGAUAUGUGACUUAACAGAUUCCUCAGGGCUUUUUUGUUCAAAUAAAUACAAAACUACAAACUGAAAAAAAUGGACCUAAAACUGAGUUUAAUAUUUUAUAGUUAUUUUAAUGUUGUGGUAUGUUCAUCAGUGAAACAUGAGACUAACUGAUGGAGGGAGAAUUGAAGCAUGUAAUGUGUUCUUCCUGAAACAGAAAAUAGAAUCAGGAUAUUUAUGUGGACAAAAAUUAUGACAAAGCUGUGAUAGAGUCUUUGCUGCCAAAUUGUAUUUAUUUCAGUACAAACAGUUGGUAUUCUUCUCAAAGUGCUAGCCAGUGUAUGUUGCAUUUGUGGUAUGCUGCUGAAUGGGUUUUGGGUCUGUAUAUGACAAGGUACCAGCUUGUACUGGAUUGGAGAAAAGGUUGCUGUAUAUUUUCAGAUAAAGAUUCUGUGCCUUAGAAAAUCUGCAGUGAGAUUAGUGCCUGCUAAUAGAGAUUAAUGUAAUUAAAUUGUUAAUGUAAAAAUUUUUUCUUCUGUCUUGGACUAGCUUUACUUUAGCAGAGCAGAUUCUGUGUACAUAUGUGCUAAUACGAUGUUAAUAUUUUUAAGUGAUUUUAAGAGAUUUUUUUUUAACCUCA